UUCAUUCUUGCCGUUCUGCAUCUCAAGUUGCCUAUUUGUAUUUAAUUCAUUUUUUUUGCCCUUUUUGACUGUAUUUUUAUUUCCUUACUGGAAACCCUAUUUGCAAAUGAGGAUUUAAGUAGUUUUUUUAUUGUCUGAGAAAAAGAAGCGGGUACUUUUGUAAGCCAGAAGUGAUGGAGAAGUUGGAAGCUGAGUCAGAUGUGGAGCCUCAGGGACGCCCCCGUUCUUGCACCUGGCCCCCACUCCCUGAACCCUCCUCGGAUAUGCCCUUGCCUCCUCCUGGCUUGGAUCCAGGGCAGAUGCGCAAAGCCAAGAGUUCACGCAGGAAUGCGUGGGGUAAUUUGUCCUACGCUGACCUCAUUACCAAGGCUAUAGAGAGUUCUCCGGAGCGACGACUGACCCUAUCCCAAAUUUAUGACUGGAUGGUCCGAUUUGUACCUUACUUCAAAGACAAAGGUGACAGCAACAGUUCUGCUGGGUGGAAGAAUUCCAUCAGACAUAACCUUUCCCUACAUACACGUUUCAUUCGUGUUCAGAAUGAGGGAACUGGAAAAAGUUCUUGGUGGAUGCUAAACCCAGAAGGUGGGAAGACUGGAAAAACCCCACGCAGAAGAGCAGCAUCAAUGGACAGUGCAAGUGGCAAGUUUCUAAGAAUAAAGGGCAAAGCUGGGAAGAAGAAACAGCAAGCACAAACUGCACCAGAGCAGACAGAAGGCAGCCCUGCUUCCCAACAAGCAAAGUGGUCUGAAAGCCCUUCUCAUACAAGUGAUGAUUUUGAGGUAUGGGCAGAGUUUCAUAAUCGAGCGAAUCCCGUAGCAGGAAACAUAAGUGGAAGACUUUCACCCAUCUUGGGUAAUGAUGAGCCCGAUGAACUGGAGGAUGAUGAGGUGACACCUUCCUCACCUCUUAUGUACCCAAGCCCAUCUAGUGCUCUGUCACCCAGCGCUCAUUGUUCAGUUGAAAUGCCAAGGCUUGCAGAAAUGAGUAGUUCUAUUGGUCUGGGCGAGGGACUUUCAGACCAUUUAUUAGAUGAGUUGCAGGAUGGUUACAGUGUAAACUCUACUACUUCCCUACGCCAACGGAGCCCUGGGUUCUCCUUCACCUCCAAAUGCCCACCAUUGAGCAACACAUCAAAUGCAUUUUGUGGCACCAUUUACAGUCCGCCAACGAUGGGCAUGAUGAGAAGAUUGCCAAUGCAGACAAUCCAAGAAAACAAACAAGCUACUUUCUCUCCUGGAAGUACCUACAGGAAUUCUUCCCUCCAAGAUCUUCUCACAUCAAUGUCCUAUGGACAUAAAGAAGCCAUUGUGCAGACUGAUCCAGGUUUAGCUUCUGCAAUGGGACCACAGCGCAAUCACAGGCAGAACACAGGCAUGCUAAACAACUGUGACUCAGGGUCUUUACCCUACUCUACCAGUUUAAUAAAGAGCCACAAUUUGUACCAUCCAUCCACGCUAAACCAUCAUUGCUCUGUUAAUAACAGUGCCUUAGCUAGCUUAAAUGGACUGGUAAAUUCAGAAUCAUGCAGUUUGUCAUCAAUUCCACAUCAUUCUUAUUUCAGUAGUCAAAGUGGGCAUGGAAGCUUGCUGGAAGGGCCAUACCAGGGUGCAUAUCACCACCACCAUCACCACCAUCAUCAUCCCCAAGUGUGCAACCAAGACCGAUUUCCUCCAGAUUUAGACCUGGAUAUGUUUAGUGGUACUUUAGAGUGUGAUGUGGAAUCCAUUAUUCUCAACGACUUCAUGGACAAUGAUGAGAUGGACUUUAAUUUUGACUCUGCUCUACCACCCCAAGGUGGGUUUAACAUGGCUGCGACAGCACAGCCAAAUCAAAGCUGGGUACAAGGUUAA